CCCCACCCCCUACCCACCCCACCCCUAUCUCCCUGUCCUAUAAAAACAUCAUCUUUUUCCCCGAACUCCCCACUCUGUUCCUGAUAAUCUUGAAGACCAAUUUUUGUUCUUCAGGAAACCCAUCAUAAAAAUGGGUUCUUUGUGUAUUCUCACCAAAAAGAUUGCUUUUUUGCUCUUUCUUUGUGUUUUUCUGGCAGAUAUUGUUACCCUAUGCCUCUCUUCCAAGGUUUAUGUUGUGUACAUGGGGAGCAAAAGGGGAGAGGAAGAACAAGAAGGGAUCUUGAAGAAACAUCACUAUAUGCUAACUUCUGUUCAUGCUGGAAGUGAUGAGGGAGCCAAGGCAUCUCAUGUGUACAGUUACAAACAUGGCUUUAAUGGCCUUGCUGCAAAGCUGACAAAGGAACAGGCCUCUGAAAUUGCCAAAAUGGAUGGAGUUGUAUCAGUGUUCCCCAAUGCCAAGAGGACACUUCACACAACUCAUUCUUGGGAUUUUAUGGGGCUUAAUGGUGAGAAAGAAACCAUGGAAGUUCCUGGCUUUUCCACCAAGAACCAAGACAAUGUCAUCAUUGGCUUCAUUGAUUCAGGGAUUUGGCCUGAAUCUCCAAGCUUUAGUGAUGGUGACAUGGCACCGGUGCCAGAUAGAUGGAAGGGCCAUUGCCAACCCGGUGAAGCUUUCAAUGCUUCUACAUGCAACAGGAAAAUCAUCGGAGCUAGAUAUUACACCAGUGGCUAUGAAGCCGAAGAAGAAGGAGAUGAUGAUGAAGAUGUUGAUAAGGCCGUGCCGGCAUUCAGGUCAGCGCGGGACAGCUCCGGUCACGGGACCCACACGGCGUCGACAGCCGCCGGCCGUUACGUCCGGAACGCGAGCUACAGAGGCUCUCUGGGAUCCGGAGAGGCCAGAGGCGGCGCGCCCUUAUCCAGGAUUGCGGUUUACAAGGCGUGCUGGAUUUCCGGCUGCUACGACGCGGAUCUGUUAGCGGCGUUCGAUGACGCCAUCAGAGACGGAGUUGACGUCGUGUCGCUGUCCCUGGGGCCGGACGCUCCCCAGUCGGAGUAUUUCAGCGACGCCAUAUCUGUUGGCUCCUUCCACGCCGCAAGCCAUGGAAUUGCGGUGGUUGCUUCCGCCGGAAACCAAGGGACCGAUGGCUCGGCGAUCAAUCUCGCUCCUUGGAUCCUCACCGUCGCUGCAAGCACCACCGAUAGGGAAUUCACUUCUGACAUCCUGUUCGCAAACGGCGUCAAUUUCACGGGUGUAAGCCUAAGCACAGAUGAAAUGGCUAACUUUGCAAGAAUCAUACCUGCAUCGAAGGCAUUCAAUGGCUACUUCACACCAUACCAAUCCAGUUACUGUCUGGAGAGCUCUUUGAACAGAACUAAGGUGAGGGGGAAGGUUCUUGUCUGUCGACAUGCUGAAAGCUCGACCGAGUCCAAGAUUGCAAAGAGUGUGGUGGUUAAGGAAGCGGGUGGGGCCGGGAUGAUUCUCAUUGAUGAUGCUGAUCAAGAUGUUGCCGUUCCCUUUGUCAUCCCUGCUGCAGUUGUUGGGAAACAAACAGGAGACGAAAUACUUUCUUAUAUUAACAGAACCAGCUCGCCCAUGUCAAGAAUUCUAUCAGCUAAGACGGUAUUGGGCACUCGGCCUUCUCCUCGCGUGGCUGCCUUUUCUUCAAAAGGUCCUAAUUCUGUGACUCCGGCAAUCUUGAAGCCAGACAUUGCGGCACCCGGUUUGAAUAUUUUGGCAGCAUGGUCGCCGGCAGCUGCAAAUGUGAACUUUAAUGUCAUCUCAGGAACUUCCAUGGCUUGCCCUCAUGUAACUGGGAUUGUAUCAUUGAUAAAAUCUGUCCAUCCGUCAUGGUCUCCCUCUGCAAUCAAAUCUGCCAUUAUGACCACCGCUUCAGUUCUGAACAAGCUUCAAAAGCCAAUCUCUGUUGAUCCCAAUGGAAGACGGGCAGACGCGUUCGACUACGGUGCGGGUUUCAUUAACCCAACCAUAGUCCUUAACCCCGGGUUAGUGUACGACGCCCAACCAACAGAUUACAAAGCAUUCCUUUGCUCAAUUGGUUAUGAUGAGAAGUCCCUCCACUUGAUCACUGGAGACAACUCCACUUGUGACCAAACACUCCCUUCGCCGUCUGCCCUUAACUAUCCCUCUAUUACAGUCCCAUCCCUUAACGGCGUGUUUUGGGUCACUAGAACAGUGACCAAUGUGGGCAAGCCAGUGAAUGUGUUCAAGGCGUCCGUGUCCCCUCCGAAGGGAGUCAAUGUGACCGUGGUGCCCAGACGACUCGUGUUUGGUCACUAUGGUCAGAAGCUCAACUUCACCUUAGAGUUUAAGGUGGUUGGCCCUACACAAGGGUAUGCUUUUGGGUCAUUGACAUGGAGGAGCAAGGAGAAUUGGGUUACUUCCCCUCUGGUUGUGGGAGUGACAGGUUCCGAGAGAUUAGGUCUUAAGGUGUGAUAUAAAACUGUAGGAGAUAAUACUAGAUCCAUUGUUAUUUAUUGCAAAAAAAAAAUUGAAGUUUGAGAAAUGUAAAUUAUUGAAUUCCUACGUUUUGUGCAAGCCAAUCCUCCCAAGGGUGUUCAUUGGUUCAAUUAAUUGGUUGAUUAGUCCAAAAAAAAAAGAAUAUAGAAUGGAUCAACAU